UCCCUACACAAGACAUUAAUUAAUUGUAUCUUGUUGCAAAACCGGAGAUCAAACACUGACAACAUGGUUGACUGGACAGAUGCAGAGAAGAGCACCAUCAGUGCUGUGUGGGGCAAAGUAGAUAUCAAUGAGGUCGGACCACUGGCUCUGGGAAGAGUCCUGAUCGUCUACCCCUGGACUCAGCGUUAUUUCGGCUCUUUCGGAGAUCUGUCCACUCCUGCAGCAAUCAUGGGCAACCCCAAAGUUGCUGCUCACGGCAAGGUCGUGUGUGGAGCUCUGGAUAAAGCUGUGAAGAACAUGGGCAACAUCUUGGCCACAUACAAGUCACUGAGCGAGACCCAUGCCAACAAACUCUUCGUCGACCCUGACAAUUUCAGGGUGUUGGCUGACGUCCUCACAAUUGUCAUUGCCGCCAAGUUCGGAGCAGCUUUCACUCCUGAAAUCCAGGCAACCUGGCAGAAGUUCAUGAAAGUGGUUGUGGCAGGCAUGGGCAGUCGGUAUUUCUAAAUGCAUCCCAGACAAGUGAUUAUGUUCUGACAUCCCUGCCUGAGUGAAAAUAAAGACAUCGAAACAAAA